GGGCAGCGCUCCCGCCCCGCCUGCCCGUGCUGCCGCCCGGCGCGCCGCGGCCCCGCCGCCGGAAAGAUGCUGCCCCUCUCCGUCAAAGACGAUGAGUACAAGCCGCCCAGGCUCAACCUGCUCAGGAAGGUGUCGGGCUGGUUCAGGUCUAUCCUGGCGGACAAGACUUCCCGCAACCUGUUCUCCUUCCUCUGUCUCAACCUCUCCUUCGCCUUCGUGGAGCUGCUCUACGGCAUCUGGAGUAACAGUUUAGGUCUGAUAUCAGAUUCUUUUCAUAUGUUUUUUGACUGUACUGCUCUAUUGGCUGGAUUAGCAGCUUCAGUUAUUUCAAAAUGGAGGUCAAACGAUGCUUUCUCAUAUGGUUAUGUUCGAGCAGAAGUACUUGCUGGUUUUGUAAAUGGCUUAUUCCUCAUCUUUACAGCGUUCUUCAUUUUUUCUGAAGGUGUGGAGAGAGCCCUUGAGCCUCCCGAUGUGCAUCAUGAGAGACUUCUUCCUGUUUCUAUACUGGGAUUCAUUGUAAAUCUGAUAGGAAUAUUUGUUUUUCAGCAUGGAGGUCAUGGGCAUUCACACGGCUCUGGGCAUGAGCACAGCCAUUCUCUGUUUAACGGUGGUCUCAGCCAUGGGCACAGUCACAGAGAUCAUGGACACAGCCAUGAACAUAAGCAUUCCCAUGGACACACUCAUGGUCAUGGCCAUGGACACUCUCAUGGUCAGGAUUAUUGUCAUGAUGACCAUUCCCUUGAAGUAAUGGGUGGAUCCAGCAAGCAGAUUUUACAAGGUGUAUUCCUGCACAUUGUGGCAGACACGCUGGGAAGUAUUGGUGUAAUCAUAUCUGCCAUACUGAUGCAGAACUAUGGUCUAAUGAUAGCAGAUCCUAUUUGUUCAAUGCUGAUAGCACUACUUAUAGGUGUAAGUAUUGUUCCACUUUUAAAAGAGUCCAUUGGGAUUUUGAUGCAGCGAACUCCUCCUUCCCUGGAAAAUGCCCUGCCUCAGUGCUACCAGAGGGUGCAGCAGUUGCAAGGAGUCUACAGUUUACAUGAUCCACAUUUCUGGACCCUCUGUACUGAUGUUUACAUAGGGACUUUGAAGUUACUAGUAGCUCCUGAUGCUGAUGGAAGGUGGAUUCUAAGCCAGACUCACAAUAUUUUUACUCAGGCGGGAGUAAGGCAGCUUUACAUACAGAUUGAUGUUGCAGCCAUGUAGUCAGUUUCUGGAAUGGUGCUGUUGGACCAAAGUUUUCAGUACUGUACUGGUGUAGCAACACUUCUUGAGACAGAGCCUGCCUCCACCACGUCUGGAAUUGACUGAAUAGAUUUCUGCCCUUGGGCUACGGAGGAAGUUCACUUCUAAGGAGUAAAUAUUGAAUGAAUGUUAUGGACUUUGGGUCUUGUUUUUUUUGGGGCCCCUAAACUUGUACGUUUUUGAGGGUUUUUUUUACUUAAGAAGAUUGUGGUACUGGAAACCCUGUCAUGUCUUCAGUAAAGCUGCUGAAACCACUGCUCAUUCCCAUAAAACCAGUGUUAUCGGCAAUUGGAAACUUGUUUUGUAGACAAUGUCACAAUGGCUGACAUGCUUCAAUAUAAUUGUAUGUUUGUACAAUUGUUUGUACUUUGCAAACUUAAUGAACCAAACCAUAUUGGGUUUUCAAAGUGCCUUUUAUAUCAGGAGAGCUAUUUGCCAGCAUAAAUAUGGAGCAUCAAAGGGUUUUACUACUUUUACAAAUAAUCUUGUAUGCAGUCUGGUUAUUUACUAGCGAUGUAUGCGGGGGGGUUGUGUACUUACAUAACUGUAGAUGUUAGGCUUCCAUUAUAUUUGCAUCUUACCAGACAGGAAAAUUCUAAAUGUAAAAGACAAAGCUGUUGUGAAGAGACUUGCCUCUGAGACAAGCUGGGUAUUUUGUUGCACGUCUUGUGAAAAUUAUUUUAGUUCAAAUAUUAGAUUUAACUCCAAUUCUUAAGUCUCUUCAUACUGCUGAGAGUAUUGAGACAUUACAUGAUGUUGCUAAUGUUCAGUCACUUAAACAAUGGGCAGCUGAAGGAAAAUGCUGGUGAUGGAAGCAAUGCUUGAAGUUUUUUAUUUUCCAAAUCAUAUGGUGGAAAAAACUAAAUCCUGAAAUUGUGGAAGGUUAAGUCUCCUUGAUUUUAAUAGGUUGCUAUAAUUUUUAUUAGUGAUGAAUUUCAAAUUUUGCCUUUCCAAAUAUUGAAAAUAGUUGUUUCUGGCACUUAUGCCUGAAAUGGAAAUAAGGACCACUUUUCAUGCUGUUUUAGCUUAUGCUUUUCCCAGGCUGACAAAUCUUUGACUAUUUUACUGCAGCCUUGUAUGUUUUCAUAGGGGAGAAAAUUCUCAGUGCAGUAAGGGUUGUUAGGUUGGGGUUUUUUUCCCCAGAAACAUUCUUCUGUCUUGUAUUUACUAGCAUUUGUAAUAAUUUUACUCAGAUAUCUGAGUGUCACUUUCAAAAGCAAUCUGCUAUGUUUGGUAUUACAGAUGAUAGUUCCACUAUGCUGUAGUAGUUCACUUAAUAAUGGAAUACUUUUUAAGAGGACAUUUUACAAACAGAACAUGGUGAAGUAAAAAGCAAUACAGGCAUUUUUCUGAGAAAUCAUAGCUGCCACUGAUUGGUAUGAAUUUUACGUCUAUUUUGGUACCUGUCAGAGGUAAUACUAAAAUCAAGGCCUUUAGAAAUUUACAGUGUCUGCGUAGGAAGUGCUAGGCACUAUGAAAUUACUGAAGAUUGAUUUGCAGAAAUGGUUUGUUUGCCACUGAUAUUGUUGAAUCCAUCACAGAUAUGAAGAGUUUCUUGCAUUCAUUCUGUUGUUCCUAUAUAACUCCUGGUUUCUUUUUAUGUGAAACCACAACACUUGCCAAAUUUGAUGGUGGUUCCUGAAUUUUCUAGUUGAGAUAUUGAAACAUGAAUGUUGAUUUUGUCCAGAUCUUGGGGGUGUACACUUGUGCUUGGAACUGGAAACUGGGUCUAAAAAAAAUGGCAGUACAAAGCUACCUAUAAUAUUGGUUUUAAUCUUUGCUGUCUCUUUCAGUUUUGAGAUCCUUCCAUUGCCAUUUCUGAUCCCGUUUGCUUUCCCUGGGGACACAGGCGCAGAGUGCCCUCCCAGCAGGCUGCAUGUUCUACAUCUCUUUCCUGGCCUGGCACUCGUGUCAGGCUCUCUCCCUGUCCCACCUGGCAGAUGCUGUGCCAGGCCCAGAGUUCCUGCCUGGAAGAUGGAAGUUACGUGGCACAGGACGGGGUGCAGGAAUCUGCUUAGCAGAUUGGAGCACUGCAGUUUAAGAUACUAUGUGCGUGUAUGUUCAGAGAAGGUGAUGAAAAUCCCUUGUGAUUAUAGGGUGGAGGUACUGUUGUGUAGAGUGGUGCCUAUAUUCUGCUGCUUGCUGGCUGCCAGCAGGACUUCCUCAUUUUUUAAGAGUUAUUAUUACUGCUAUUUGGGGCUAAAGAAGAUCAACUGAUAUCACUUUAAAGGCAAGCAGCAGACAGAUUCAUUGCAACUGUGUCGUGAUCCAGUAGCAGGCUUUGGUUUAAGUCAUCUUUACACCAGCAUGUUUCAAGACUGACUGUUCCUGGACUUGUUGAAAUGCUGUAGUGCUGCCCAAGUUGCUGAGCUUGGCCACUAUUUUAGCUUCUUAAUGAAAAGACAACUGCUACUAUUUGUUUCCAAGUGAAAACCUUGGCAAGAGUGGCUGUUUCUUUGAUGGUGGUGAUGGUGUUCUUUUAAAUGUACAUCUACCAAAUUUUUAAUAUGGGAAAUGGAGUGAAAAAGUCUGUAAGCCUUUUACAAUCACACAACAAUUUUAAUAACUUUUGGUAACUGUUUUUGCUUAUUAUGAUUUAACUGAUUGUUGGAAGCAUAUAUACAAGUCUGAGUUUUCUAGCCAAGCAAGACAGCACUUCAUUAUGUUUAAACAUUUAUAGUAAGAAAUGUAUCAUUGGUUUGUCAAAUGUAACUGGGGAUAGUGUAGGGAAGUCAGAUUCAAAACAGACUUUAGCCUUUACAGGCUUUCUGAAAAAGGAUAAACAUCACAAAAACACAGUGUAGGACAUGUUCAGUCAGCAACUGCAGUCACAUGUAGUAUGUCAGUAAACAAGGGACAUCUGAUAUUUUUUUCACCUAAGGGGAUACUUGCUCAGGUUUUAGGAGAGUACAAACCAUGCAGUUGAAAGCAAAAGUGCAGCUUUCCUUACCCUGAAAGCCAAAGCACCAUUAUUUGUGUUUUGCUAAUUACUUAACAGUGGUUGCUUACCUAACACUUUGCUAUCGACACUUUAUUGGAGAUGCAAGGCAGGAUUUAAACAAAGACUUGUGUGAAUAGCUGACAUCCAGAGAUGGGUGAAUGUCUGCAGAUCAUGUGCUAAAACUCGGCUUCCUGGUACCCACUUCUGAAUUUUGAAUCAAGUUUUCAAAGUGUGGUUUUCUCAUGUUUCCAUGUAGCUGAUAUUCCACUUCUGAAUUUUGAAUCAAGUUUUCAAAGUGUGGUUUUCUCAUGUUUCCAUGUAGCUGAUAUUUAGUGUGGGGUUAGGUUACUGGUCUGUGUUUGUGGGUUUUUUUUUUUUUUUUUUGUGAUUGAGACUAGUAACUUAAAACCCUAUUGUUCCAAAGACCAAGCCUGCAAACUGCAUGAAUUUUACCACACCUACAGCAAAAUAAGAAGAUAAAACAAAUGUUACAGGGUGUCUGUAUUAAAAUGCCUCAGUGUUUUUUGGGCUACAUAACAGUGGAAGAAAACUCCUCUUAUGAAUAUGCACGGUAAGGACUGGUCCUUUAUAGGCUAAUCUGGUAAGUGUACAGCUCUGGAUAGACUGGCUCCUUCCAUCAAGAGGGCCCCUACAGAGAGUUGAGUUACUCGUUUGAUUUGCUAAGCUAAGAUGAAAAGUAAAUAAAUGACUUUGCUUUUUAUGUAAUAAAGCCUACUAAAGCAAAAGUUCAGUUGCAUCAUUAGUAAAAACUGCUGACACUAUUUUUACACAAAAAUUGAAGCUGCUACUACUAAUAAAAUAGACCUUAGUGACUUAACAUUCUUAAUUUACUUUUUUUUUAAAGAUGUAAAGCUGGGUUUAAAGGUGAAGGAAAAUUAAUAGUUUCUCUUUUUAACUGUUGUAAGUGAACCUGUUCCGGGAAUGUAAACAAGAUACAAGAGGAGAGAAUCGGCUGCUGAACUGCAGUUUUCCAUCUUCUGCACAUAGUGUGCAAACAAAUUACUGUAAAGUCCAUGCUUUUCUUUCACAGUGCAGAUUUUCAGUUGCAUGCUUUUAUAAAAUGCAAACUCUUAUCUUUCUUCAUGACACAAAAGUCUUUAAAACCAGUUCAGAGCAAAAUUUCAGUUAAUAAUUAAACCCUGUUCUGUUUUCUCCAGCAGCCAUUAGAUUGCUAUGAUUCUUGAUUAUCCCAUUCCUUUAAACAGAAUUUUUUUUUUUUCAAUAAUCUCUCUGAUCCUCAAUACAGACUCAGUAGUUAAUUCCUCCUUUACACUUCUGUGAAAAUCCUUAUCUGCAGAUUGCUGAGGUUUCCUUUUGGAUUUGUCCCCUGUUCAGGCUGUUGCAAUGCCCAUCCCUGUGGGGACCUCCUUGGCCAGACACUGCUAUAAUGUGAAGCAAUGCCAGCCAUGCUGGGCCUGGCAUGUGAAGACCGAGUCUUGCUGUGUGCAAAUACUGCUCAACCUACUUGUCUGUUUCAGUGAGCCACAAAAGGUUCCUGCCUGUGUGGUAAUUUGGCUGAAAUAAUGUGUUAAAAGAGCUGGGUAUUUCACUUCCCGUGUGCAUUGGAGCCUCUCACAUGUGUGCUGGGAUCUUGUACAAGAGUUAAGUGAAUCACUACAGUAUCUUGGCUGAAGUAUGAAAUAAUGUGAAUGAAGCGAUUGCCAAAAUAAUUCCUGGUAGUAUACAGCAUAUUGCUUACCUUUACCUUUAAAUUACAGGAAUUACUCUGAGCAGUGAGCUUCAGUUCAAUAGCAGAGUGUGUCAAAGUACCUGUGAAGAAAUCUGGCAGGUAACACAAGGCAGCUCACUAAAAUUCUGAAGACUAUGUAUGAUUUUGUUCUGGAAUGCUAAUGUUCGUAGCUUAGCCACGGCUUGUUCCAAGUGCAAUAUUAAGAAAUUUUUAAUGUAAUCUUUUCUACUUGAAUACAGUCUAUAUAAAAUGUUAAAUAUCCUAUAUUGCUGAAAAGAUAAGGGAUGAAAUUUCUUUCCAAUAAAUCUUCAGUUUA